UCUCAUUUCCUUUCACCCUUUCGCUGUUCCUGCAUUCGGCGUCGGUGGAAGUGCUGGACGGCACCGGUUGAGGCUCUAGUGACGGUCCGGCGGCGCCGAUCCAACUUUGGGGCCAAGAAAUUUGGAUAGCUCUCUUUUUUCACGACGCGUUUUUGCCCGAUCCGGCCUCGUCCCUCUUUGGAUUGACGCUUCCAUGGCGGCGAACGGUUCCUCGAGGACGAUCCGGCACUGGCGAGUCGGAUCGGUCUCCUACGGUGGCGACCGCUGCCUGGAGGAAAGAUCCUGUCUCCGUGACGUGCUUAUCGCUUUAGGCUCCGAUUGACUCUUCUAUGGUGACUACCGUUGAACUUGAAGAUAGAUCCGGCGUCGUUCCGAAUCUGAUACAAAUAGAGGACCGAAGUGGCGCUAUGUUUCCUACUAUUACACAGCGGCCGUCAUUGUUCUACUGGCCAAGCGGUGUUUCUACGAGGCAGUGGCCGUACCGCCGUACCUUGGAUACGCGGCAUCCGCCCUUGUGAACUUUAAAGGGAGGGCAUGCCCUCAGACGUCAAACCACAAUGAGGAGUUUUGGAGGUUAUGGCACAUUGGUAGAGUUCAUACGGAGUAUUCACUAAAUAGCAGAUAGUCUUUUAAUAUGGGAGGUGGUCUGGCACUGCAUUCGCUGAAAGACAUGAAACAUCAAAUGCUUUGCAAAUUAUCUUGGAAGGGCUGGACAGCUAGUUUGUUUUACUGAAGGUUAAAGCAGGAUCCUCGAUGAUGGGUUGUGACUUGUGAGCCAUUUUCUAAAGACCUAUAGACAGAUUACAAUGGGCCAUUUUCUGAGAUGCAUGUGGUUGAUAGUAUGUUAUAUUAGUUAGUAUAUUUUUAGAAACAUGCUAGGAUUAAUCUGAACCGUCGGGGCCAUUGUUUGUCGGCCUAAAAAUUGGGAAGGAAAUUAUACUUAAGUUGUAUUGGGCUUUAGGCCCAAAUAUUAUUGUUG